GAUUUAAUUUUCUUUCGUCGCCUUAUCCCUUAUCGCAACAACCUCAUCGACAUCACCGAAUCGACGAACACUCCACCACCGCCACCACCGCCCGCCUUACGACAUUGCACGACAUUCUCUGCUCCCGCCGUUUAACGAUCUCUACGGCUCUCCUUGAUAUCUCGUCUUCCAGUUCAUACACAUAACCCAAAAUGGAUCACACGCGCGACCCUUGCCCUUGGGUUAUCCUCAACGAUUUCGGCGGUGCAUUUGCCAUGGGAGCUAUCGGUGGCACCGUAUGGCACGGCAUUAAAGGGUUCCGAAACAGUCCUGUAGGCGAGAGGCGGAUAGGCGCCAUCACAGCAGUCAAGCUUCGAGCGCCGGUGUUAGGUGGAAACUUUGGCGUCUGGGGUGGUCUCUUCUCUACUUUCGAUUGCGGAGUAAAGGGAUUAAGGAAAAAGGAAGACCCCUGGAACGCUAUCAUCGCCGGUUUCUUCACUGGUGGUUCGUUAGCGAUUCGAGGAGGAUUCAAAGCUGCUAGAAACGGUGCUAUUGGUUGCGCCGUAUUGCUGGCAGUCAUUGAGGGUGUCGGUAUCGGUUUCCAGAGGAUGUUUGCUGCAUCAACCAAGCUCGAGUUGCCGCCGCCACCACCUAGCCCCGAAAAGGCUGCUCUUGCCUAGGCGAGGCACUAUACUCCGAAGAUACUACCUUUAUAUCCCGAAUGGGUCGAUACCUCACUCUGCUCCUUCAAGCCGACAGCUUCAGCCUCGGCUUCUGUAUUUACCAUGGAUUGUUGGCUGUUUUUGCAUAUUGGGGGAGUUUGACGUGUAAACUACAUAGAAGCUGCCGGGAAGGGUCA